CCUUCGCAGGUGUUACAGCCGAGUGAAGGAACAUGGUGUGGGCAAAAGAAAAAGCAGUUACACAUUUGAACAGUUGGAGCAGGUCUUUGGUCAAGGAGGAUGGGAUUCUCAACUCUGCCAACCGGUGCUCAUCAAUAGCAGUGGCUUGUAUCAAGAGCUGGAGUCUGAUGGUAGCACAAUGGAGGAAUAUUCGCAGGACGAAUGGGGGAACCAUAGUCAGGAUCUAUACUGUUACCAACCAGGCGAGCAAGAGUUAGAUGAAAUGCCGGCAGUGAAGAAAACAUUGAAGAUAAAACAAGAAUCUUCAGAAGAUUCUCAGAAGCGCGACCUAAUGCAGAAUAUUGUACAGAUCUUGGAAUCCGUCCAGUUAAAAUGGGAACUCUUUCAGAGUUGGGCGGACUUCUCUAGGCUACACCUUUCGAACAAACUGGCUAUAUUCGGGAUUGGCUAUAAUACACGGUGGAAGGAGGAUAUCCGUUACCAUUACGCUGAGAUCAGUUCCCAAGUUCCCCUUGGCAAGCGACUCCGGGAAUAUUUCAACUCUGAGAAGCCCGAGGGCAGGAUCAUCAUGACCAGAGUGCAGAAAAUGAACUGGAAGAACGUUUAUUACAAAUUCUUGGAGAUUACCAUCAGUGAAGCCAGAUGCCUAGAGUUGCACAUGGAAAUUGACUGGAUACCUAUUGCUCACUCCAAGCCAACGGGUGGAAAUAUUGUCCAGUAUUUGUUACCUGGAGGCAUUCCAAAGAGCCCUGGUCUGUAUGCCAUCGGCUAUGAAGACUGUCACGAGAAGCCACCAUCUCCUGAUCACGAGAGCAUCAGCCAAGAACCUGAAAACGAGACUCCGGGAGAAACCGAAAUGCCGUUGUCACAGGCUUCCCUCAAAGUGGAGAUGGAGCCCACCAGAAUCAUCUAUUGUUACCUUGGCAUUGCCGAGGUCAGAACUCUCCAACAGUGCUUGUUUUUACACUUCCAGGCCAACACCAAAACCUUCAGCAAAGAGUGGGUUGGCAUCAAUGGAUUUUUAUCACAAAACUGUAUUGUGGACCCAGGGAUUUCUCCUAAGUCUAUUUACAUUAAAUUUGUAGAAGUGGAGAGGGACUUCCUUUCUGCUGGCUCUUUGGUCGAGUGCCUGGAAAAAGCCAUUGGAUAUCCUUUGAAAUUUAACAACUGACUUUCAUCCUUCAUAAGGAUCAGGACAUUGUAAGUAUCACCUGUGGCAUUUGGGACAUCUGCUUAGUGCAAGACUGGGCAAAAAUCAACUGCUCUAACCGAACUGAAAUGAGGAGAACACUUAUAGGGGAUUUUACAAAAGUGUUUCUCACGCCAGUAAAAUAUGCUGUUUACUUCCUUGGGCCAGCCAAAUGGUUUUAUAAAGAAAAGGACUUUCAAAGGGAGCAUUGUAAAUACGAUGACUAUUGAUACACUCCACGUUGGAUGAACGUACAUGUUAAAUUUCAUACGAAAAAGCUGUUUUCCACAAUGUCUCAUUUUUACACAUGUGUCUCAAGUGUGAUUAUGGUUAUGUAAUAAAUAAGCAAUAGAUUAACUGAGUUUAAAACCCGGUCACACAAGACUGAUUUUCAGUGCCACCGUUAGCACCUCUUGUAUAUAAUUUAGCAUUUCGGUUUCUUCACCCAUCAAGUGUUCUUACAACUUUCAACCAGUGUUGCCUGCAAAAACUUCUCUUUCUGUGAUGUACCCCACUUUACUAGUAGUGUUGCCAUAUCACCUUUUUAAAAAAAAAAUUUGGUUUAUGUUUUGUUUACAUUAAAAUCAUCCAUGGGCCUUUUAAGAAAUCUUUAGUUAAUCUCUGUGUGGCAGUGAAAGUAACUCAGCCGCUGAGAAGCAUUUUAUCAAAUCAUGCUUUUAUCAA